AUGUACACACCGAAGGUGGAAUAUGCUAAUUAUAAUGUACAGAAAACUUUUGAUCAUCACUGUCCGUGGGUGAACAAUUGUAUUGGGCGUCGCAAUUAUCGCUUCUUUUUCUUCUUUCUAGUCUCUUUAUCAAUACAUAUGCUAAGCAUAUUUUCUCUAUGCUUAUUCUAUGUAUUAAAGAUAAUGCCUAACAUUAAGCAUCCAUCACCUAUUGUAGCUAUAAUAUUAAUGGGCAUCGUUACCAUACUUGCUAUACCAAUUUUCGGACUGACUGGUUUUCACAUGGUUCUUGUAUCCAGAGGGCGUACAACAAAUGAACAAGUAACCGGCAAAUUUAAAGGUGGUUAUAAUCCUUUCUCACGCGGUUGUUGGCACAAUUGUUGUUACACACAAUUUGGACCACAAUAUCCUAGUUUACUUAAACCAGAAAGAUAUGCCUCACGUCGUUCACAUAAAGAAAAUCAAGCUAUUAGCACUAUAACAACCGAUCGAGAUGCCGGUCAGACAGGCGGUGGUGCGGGGGGUAUGCGAAGCAAUAAUAUCGCUGGCAAUGCGCAACAUUCCCCCCGUGGAAUUCAACAUAGUUACUACGAUAGGGAUAAAAGACACACUCAGGUAAAGACUUAUACGGACCAGGGAAAUGGUUAUAAUCAACGCUCGGGUGGCACAACGCUUUAUAGUAAGGUGGGUAAAUUGAUUAUUGUUGCCAAUUGUUGUUGUUGUUUUUGUUGAUGUUCUCUAGUAUUU